AUGGAACGAUUUUUGCGACUCGGUGGUCUCGGCGGUGGACUCGGACAAUUCGGCGCGAAUCCACAGGAUUCGAAUCAAGUGGACACCUCCGAGACGGUAUAUAUCUCGUCACUGGCACUCCUAAGGAUGCUCAAACACGGAAGAGCCGGAGUUCCGAUGGAGGUGAUGGGUCUGAUGCUUGGAGAAUUCGUCGACGACUACACUGUCAACGUCAUCGACGUUUUCGCAAUGCCACAGUCCGGAACGGGAGUCUCCGUUGAAGCCGUGGAUCCAGUUUUCCAAGCAAAGAUGCUCGACAUGCUCGAACAGACUGGACGUCCCGAAAUGGUCACUCAGUAG